UCUUUCUUUUUCCAUUCCUCCCUCCGUUAGUGCAAGACGCAAGAUCCUGCCGAGGGAAAGUGCUCAUUUAAAUCAUCACCACCACCGAUCCUGCGCCUGAGGCUCAGAGGAAAUAAAACCCCUUUAUAGCCAACCUCCUGCGGCUAAGGACUUAAUAGCAUGGCAAUGGCUCCAGGCUCUAAGAGAUUCACACUCACCUUUGUCCAGUACAUGGGAUCUGUCUGUUUCCUCCUCCAGAUCGUCUCUGUUGAGGCUGAUGGGAAGUUGUUCACAGUUGAAUCCAGAAACAGCUCUCAGGAUCUGGACCUAACCGCAGCUCAGAAAUUGUGUACUGACCUGGGCGCUCGCUUAGCCACUGCAGAGGAAUUGAGACGGGCUGUAGUGGACUGUUCUUUUGCCGCAUGCACCAGAGGUUGGCUGGCCGACGGUACCAUUAGGACAAUGGUGUGCAGUAAGACAGGCAGCAACCAGCAGAGUGUGAAAGCUAUCGAUGUUAACAUUGAAAAUGAUCCCUCUCCAAGUGGCAGAUACAAUGCAUUUUGUGUAAAAGAUGAAGACAAACCAUGUGGGGACCCCCCAUCCUUCCCUCACACGAUCCUGCAUGGUCACACUGGGUUUGAAAUGGGAGAUGAGCUGCUAUAUGUUUGUGCUCAGGGCUACGUCAUGGGCAACAAAGAGACUGCUUUUACGCUGCUCUGUGACAGCUGUGGGGAAUGGUACGGGCAAGUUCAGGCCUGUGUCAAAGAUGAGACUGAGGCACACAUUGACUAUGAAGAUAAUUUUCCCGAUGACAGGUCUAUGCCUGUGGCUGAGCAUGAGGAAGAGCAUGGCAAAGAGGAAGGCGAGGAGGAACAAGAGCAGGAGUUUUCCCACCCUAAAGAAACAGAGGCAGAAAAUGUUGGAAGCAGCAAAGAUGUUACUCAGGGUAUAGGUUCUACUGAGAAAGGAAGCAAGGCACCAACUGAAUCACCUGUGUCACUGCUGAGCCAAAAACACUUGUUUUGGUUCCCUGCAGAGUCUUUCAAUGAGCCUGAAUCUGACAAAGACACAAACGAUGCCACUAAAACACAAUUUUCUGAUGGCAACAACCACAUUGGAGUGAAAACCAUCUAUAAUGAACCUGGCAACAAAAUGAUUUAUGACAGCAAAGAUUUCCCCAUUGGACCUGUUCUUGUGAACAAUGAUACAAAGGCAAUGAAAGAUACAGUCACCAAUACUGAUGAAUCCUGGUUAGAUGGUUACCCUGUAACUCAGGAAGCAGUGGAGGAUGACGAAGAGGAAGAUAAGGUUGAUGGAUCAAUGGGAACAGAAGAUGACAUUAUCCUUACAACUGAUCAACCAAAUCAUGUUGAAGUUAGGAAAUCAGGCAACAGUAAUCCAGCUCCAGACAAGGAUUUAACACAGAUUGUGGCAGCCCCAACAAGGAUGCGUGAUUAUGGGAUCAAAGAAAUACCCUUAGUACUAACACCAACUAGUGCUCCCGAGAACGUGAGUGCUAGCAAGGGCUCUGAGGAUGUGAUCAGGUAUCACUCAACUACAUCUUUGGGAUUUGUGACUCAGGAGUCUACUACAACAACUACACAGCAUGACCGCCCUAACUUGAAAACUGCUACAUUGAAAACCUCUACAACAGUCAGUCCCAUUGACCACAUUCCAUAUCCAGAGACAGAAGAAACAACAGCAUACUCAACACAAGCAGCAACCACUAUACCAACUUGGGAGGUCUUUACUGACUCAUUGUCUAAUGAAUUUCUUGAGCAAGAAAAUCUCACUUAUGGCACAGGAGAAAAACUUCUCCCCACUUCUGAACCUUGUGUAGGAGAGGAUUGUCCUAGCCCAAGUAAAGAUCUCAUGAUAGCUAUCAUUGUGAUUGUUCUAUGUUUGUUACUGUUUGCAUCGAUACUGGCGGUGUGGUGUUUCAAAAAACGGCAACAGAAGAGUUCUGUAUAUAAAUUGAACGGAAAAGGUCAGGCUAGACAUCCCCAUCACCACCAACAGAUUGAAAUGCAGAACGUCUAA